GACUCCAUACUUUUGUCCCAACGCGAACCCACCACUUUCACGGCAAAUGUACUCAUAGUUUUGCCGGAAGGAGAGAAAAAGGUCCAACUUGAAAAGUACAAUAGGGAUUAGUAGAGCUGUGUCGGAUAAGUUUUUUUCUCCUUUGCCCCCAGUUUUCGGCCCCGCGGCGGGGCAGGACAGCAAGGGCAGGCCGGGGGGAAACGGAGACCGUAUGAUGUGGAUCUGGUACCUUCUGCUUGGUUCGGGGUCAGGCUCAAGAACUGUUGAGAGCCAGCUGCUCCCAGGGAAUAACUUCACCACAGAGUGCAACAUCCCUGGAAACUUCAUGUGCGGGGAUGGGAAGUGUGUCCCAGGUGGAUGGCAGUGCGACGGAUUGCCCGAUUGCUUUGACAAGAGCGACGAGAAAGGCUGUCCUAAGAGCAAGUCAAAGUGCGCCCCUACAUUCUUCGCCUGCGCUAAUGGGGUCCACUGCAUCAUCGGACGCUUCCGCUGCAACGGCUUCAGCGACUGUCCUGACGGGAGCGACGAGGACAACUGCACAGGCAACCCACUGGUGUGCUCCGAGGCUCGAUUCAAGUGUCGAAACGGCCACUGUGUAGACCGCAGCUUCUUGUGUAACGGCCAAGACAACUGUCAGGACAACAGUGACGAGGAGCUCUGCCUCACCACAGCAGAAGCUCCGGGGCAGGACUUUGUGACACUGGACUAUCGCCUCCGCUACUACCCCAGCAUCACCUACGCCGUCAUUGGCAGCGCCGUUAUCUUCGUCCUCGUGGUGGCGUUGCUGGCCUUGGUGCUCCAUCACCAGAGGAAGCGGAGUGUCCUGCUGCCCAGAGGUGUAAGAGGGAGCUCGCAUCAUCACCACCACCACCAGCCCCUGCUGCUGUCCCGUCUGGUCAUCUUGGACCGGGGCCACGUCCAUCCGGGAGGUCCGGGUCUCUCGCCUGGAUCCCCAACCGCAGCAGGCCAGUACAGCUCAACUCCUCAGGCUCUGCAGCUGCUGUCUGGGACCCUGUAUCCCUCCGGACUCUCCAUGGACUCACCUCCAUCAUACUCACAAGCUGUUCUGGAUGUCAGUCGGCCGCCCUGGUUUGAUCUCCCUCCUCCCCCAUACCUCUCAGAUGGGGAGCUUCCAUCAGAAGGCGAGCUGCCACAGUACGAGGGCCCACAAGACCCUUUGAGCCACCCAACAGAACAUCCCUCUGCACCCUCCACUCCUAGAACUGUGGCCUCAGGCACACAGCCCAGCUCGAGCUCCAGAGAGGAGUCGGACCAGCUGUAGCCUCCCUCUCCUCUCUCUCUAUGUAGAACUAGUCAGAACUCAGAGAGCGCAGGACUGAAGGACCAGGCUGUAGGGCCACUGAGGCUAGGACAGCCCACAGCACAGACCUGCUGAGGAGAACCAACAGGGACUAAGAGACUUUAAAUGAAAUGUUGUCUGAAACUCUCUGCCUAUCCAUCGGCUGACUGAAGAUCUGGACUGAGACAAGCUCAUCCUGAGAGACUGAUCUUGUAUGAUGGCUCCCCCUGCUGGGGUCAUGGCUGCACUACACUGUAAUCAGUUACACUUUCAUUCAUUUCACUACACUUAAGUUUGGUUAAAUUGUUCUCCCCUUGCAGAAAUUCUGUAUAUGAAACCUAUCAGUGACCACAGCCUGCAUCUCCAAAGACAUAGGAGUUAAACUGCCAUUCAUUAACAUGUUUAUUGAAGCAAAAUAUCGUACCUGAAAUGGUCAUUGUGUUCUUGUAUGAGCAUAAUAGAGAGAUUUUUCUUUUGUAACACACUAUGACAACUGUCUUAAAGUCAUGUGUUCAAAUUGUAAACUACCUUACUGCUACGGUAGAUAAAUUCUGUACUAUCGAGGAUUACUGCUACAUUUCAUGACUUACUGUACUAAUUUCAGCAAUGACAUGUUGAGGCCUUAUUGUGACUGAAGAGUAAGUCAAAAUGAAGACGAUACAGUAGUAUUGUGUAAUUUUUCAUAGUUUAAAAGAAAUACACAGUUGUGUUAUAUAAGAGCAGCUCGAUCAGAGGUACUUCAGUUUUUUUUUAUUGUUGAUUGAACAGUGAUGAUAUGAUAUAUGGCUAGUAAAAAUUAACAUUUUGUUACUUCUUUAGUGGUCAUACUUAACAAAUAUGAGCAAAGUGUUUUCAAAUUUAAGAGCCAUUUCUAGAUGAGCAGUUGAGGUCUUGUGCUUUUUUUUAAUUUCCUCAAUAACUCUUAUUGUCAUUGGGUUAAAUUCAAGAUAAAAUGUGAAAAGGACCAUUAAGAUUUUUUUUAAAUAAUGCUCAGAAAUAAAUAUGAUAUACAAGUGUAUAUAUUUACCAAGUGAGUUUCAUAAAUCAUUCCUCAAAGCAAAAGAAUCGCCUCUGUUGACAUGUAUAACUUUUAUUACUUUUCUGUUUGAGGACCAAUAAUGUAGACACACAAAAAAAUCACGAUUGAUGAAUUGAUGAUUGAUGAUUUUGUUUAGGCCUUAUUGUGUGCCAGUUUGGCCCUAAGUGCCUUUGUGUUUGUGGGCACAAAUCACCUAUUUAGAACCUCUUAAAACAGCCACCUGGUAAGCUCACGUGACAGCAUACGUUUAAGAAUAUCAUGUCUUUGAUCAUUUUUUAAUGUAUAUAACUAUCAUUCUGGAAAAUCAUCCUCAGUAGCAUUAGAUAAUGACUGAUGGAAUCCAUAUCUGAAGGAGCUGUUUAUAAAUGUAUUAUUGUCUUUUGACCUUUGUAUGUUAAUUUCAAAGUUGUUUGUUGAACACUGUACAUAGAGGAAGUAAAGAAAUCUAUUUAAAAAGUAGAGUUUAAAGUGAGAGAUGAAUGUGUAAAUGUAGUUGUGCUUUGCAUUUUUUUCUUUUCUUCCAUAGCCUGCAGUGAUAAUGCAGGCACAAGAAAAAAACAAUCAAACCAAAGAUAAUCAUUAUUAACCUUAACCCAAGGGUGUUAUCAUCCAAAGGAAUGAUUAUGCGUCAUAACUGUUUGUACCUUUAUUAUAUUAAAAUGUGCAAAUGUUUUUUGAGCAAAACACAAUUCAUGUUAUUUGCUGUAAAACUGGAAAACAUUUCUCAGGACAAAAAUUAUACCAGUCUGUCUGUUCUGUUGUUUAUAUCUUGUUUCAAAUUCAUUUUUUCCUGAUCUGCUCUCAUGAGGUUAGUCAUUUGUGACAUAUUUG